UAUAGCGAAAGAGGAAGUGAGCAGGGCUUCUGAAAGCCCCAAGAAGAACGCCAUAGUCCAUAGCACUGUGAGAAGGGGAAGUGUAAGCAGCAAAGUUUGACAAGCACAAGUCUGAAAACAGCAACAAAGAGAUUAUUCUUCCAAGCAGGUCUGAUCAGAGGUGUCGCACCAUGGCUCAAGGCUGCCUCAAGUGUUUAAAGUACACCAUGUGUGUCGCCAACUUCUUAUGUUUCAUGUGUGGUGUGGCGGUACUGGGCCUUGGCGUGUACAUGAUGGUGAAUUUCCAGAUGGCCGCUCUCAUCCCGACCUUGGCCAGCUUCAACAUUGCAAACAUGCUACUGAUCAGUGGCAUCGUCAUCACCUGCGUGUCCUUCCUGGGAUUCCUGGGCGCCCUGAAGGAGAACCGCUGUCUCCUCCUGACGUUUUUCCUGCUGCUGUUCUGUCUGAUGCUGGUGGAGCUGACCGCAGCAUGCUUGCUACUCAUGUACGAAACAGAGAUAGCUCGCAUGGUGGAAGAGGAUCUCAUCAAGGGUUUGGAAAAAGCCAAAGGAAAGGCUACCAAUGCAACGACUGAGUGGGAUCUGGUUCAGACGCAGCUGGACUGCUGUGGAGUCUAUAAUGCAUCAGACUGGGGAGACACAGUGCCUCAAUCAUGCUGCCAGGGUUCUUGUGACCCCAUUAAGAGAAACUACAGGGAGAAGGGUUGUUUGGGAAAACUGAAGGCCUUGUUUGAAGAAAACUUCCUAACCACUGGAAUCUCUGUCAUUGUUCUCUGCAUUAUCGAGGUUUUGGGAAUGUGUUUCGCCAUGACGCUCUUCUGCCACAUCAGUAGAUCUGGGCUGGGCUACAAGUUAUAGACCAGUGUCAGGCAAAUAGCAGCGCAGCAGUGGGCCAUGUUACACUCAACCAAAACGAUUUGUUGCCCACUGAGAGCUGAACAAAAAAUGUUUGCCUAUUUUAUUUUAUUUUGUUUUAUUUUUUUUCUACUGAGGGUAACAAUGUAAAUAAGAGUGUGCUGAUUUUCUAAGGCAACAGUAAGAGCAGCAGUUUUGUUUAUCUGCUGUACUGAGUUUGGGAAACUCAUCAAUUACAUUUGAAGUCUCUUAAAUAUAUUUAUGUAAAUGAGUGAUUUUUGGGGGGAUUUUCUAAAUGUGCUUUACAGGAACACAAGCUGGUUGUACGUUGUUGCAUGGUUAAUUCUUAAUAGAAAUAAAAUACAACUGCCAAAACACACACACACACACAAAAAAAAAAAAAAAAACACUGAAAAAAAACAGUUGAGCAGUUAAACCUGAUUGAUGACCAGUUAUAGACCAUAUUCACUCAACAAUAUAUCUUUUAUCUUUGUAUUUUAGAGUUAAUUGCAGCAGUUCUGUCUUUUUCACAUUUUGUUUCAUUCGUUUCAUUUUUAACUUAAACCUUUUCAUGAACUGGCAAAUGAAACUAAAAAUAUUUCAUAGGUGGCUCUGGCCAUCUGCUCUGGUGAGAUAAAGCUGUGUGAAAUGAAGGCAGGGCUGUAUGACUCGCUUGUUUCCACAUUUCUCUUGACAGAUCUACACUAUAUAUCAAAGGGAAUAAUUAUGAAAAGGAAUUGUUUCUGUAAAACAUACAGAUCUAGAUGUUCUUCUACAAACCUUUCACUGACAACUUUUACAAAUCUUGUUAUAUACCAAUAAAGUAUUGUUUAAAGUAUUAAA